AUGCCCGUCUCUCCUCCUGCUAACCGUGAUGGCUUUGAUAUCGCCAUCAUCUGCGCUCUCCCCCUUGAGGCGGAAUGUAUUCAGGCCUCAUUUGACAAACAAUGGUACCAAAACUAUGGCAAAGCCAUUGGAGAUGACAAUACAUAUACUACGGGCUUGAUCGCAAAACAUAACGUGGUCCUUGCACACAUGCCUGAAUUAGGAAAAGUAAGCGCUGCAAUUGUCGCUGCAGGCUUACGCUCCAGCUUCAAGCAUAUACGACUCGCGUUUGUCGUUGGCAUUUGUGGUGCAGCCCCGUUCGGACCGAGAGGAGAAAUGGAGAUUAUACUUGGGGACGUGGUAAUAAGCGAGACACUUGUUCAAUACGACUUGGGCAAACAGUAUCCCAACGCAUUUAAGGCUAUCGCAAAUGCUGAAGCCUCUUUUUCCAAACCGGGCUCGGAAAGCCGGUCAAUGUUGGCAAAGCUCAAAGUCACAUCUAAUCGUGUCAAGCUCCAGGAUGACAUCCUACUCCAUAUUAAUUUACUACAGAAACAACUUCCACAUGCGGCUUACCCCGGAGCAGAGACAGAUAAGCUCUAUCAGUCAUCAUAUAUUCAUAGGCAUCGAGCGAAUCAUCCUAUGUGUGAUGCAUGCGAGUCGAUACCACAAUUAUUCUGUGCUAGAGCGGCAGACGAGGGCUGUGAUGUGGUUGGCUGUGAGCCUGGGCAGCUGGUUUUGCGUCGACGGCUAGCCAAAGACCGAGAAGGGCGAGAUUCCAUUACAAGUAUUCCAACGCCAAAAGUGCAUCUAGGCAGGAUAGGUUCGGCCGACACAGUGAUGAAGUCAGCGGAGCGUCGAGACAGACUCGCUGAAGAAUUUGACCUUGUUGCUUUUGAGAUGGAGGGCUCUGGGGUGUGGAACCAUUUCCCCAACACGCUCGUACUCAAGGGCGUUUGUGACUAUGCUGAUAGCCACAAAAACAAGCGAUGGCAACAUUUUGCCGCGGCGACUGCAGCGUCGUGUCUCAAAGCGCUACUCCAUACUUGGGAAUUUAUUGAUCGGGUCCCAAACUUAGAGUGGCAUCUAUCAGCAGAAGAUCGCCCGAGAUCAGAUUCCCUGUGGCACAUCCCAUUCGUACACAGAGAUUUACCUACAUUGAUUGGUCGCGCAGAAGAGAUCCAAGCAAUUGAGUCCUUACUAUUCGGGCCACACCCAAGUGGUAGAGCUGCGCUCCUCGGUCUUGGUGGGAUGGGUAAAACCCGCGUUGCUAUUGAGAUUGCUGAGCGCCAAAGAACGAAGCGUUCGGUAUUCUGGGUGCAGGCCAAAGACAUCCCCUCACUCGAGAGCGAUUACAAUGCAAUCGCUAAGUUGUUGAAGAUCCCAGGACUAAACACAGGUGAUAACGACGUUCGAAAACUUGUACCAGAAUAUCUAGAUUCUCACUUUGAUGGUGAAUGGAUCAUGAUACUGGACAACGCAGACGAUGUUGAUCUCUGGCGCAGGUUCGGCUCGAGUGAAGAAUCUUCAAACAGCUUGAUUGAAUGCCUUCCCAAAGGCAUGAAAGGCUCUAUUCUAAUAACAACGAGGAAUCGUCAAGUGGCCUUGACUUUAGCAAGAAAGCACGUGGUAGAUUUACAGGAAUUGGGGCUCGACCAGGCUAAAGAGCUGCUGACAGACCAGCUGACCAACACUCGAUCUCUCAGUGAUGUUGCAAGCACCCAAAAACUUCUUGCAAUAUUAACAUGUCUUCCGCUAGCUAUCGUCCAGGCCGCUUCUUAUAUCAACAUGAAUGAUAUGUCCAUCAAAACAUAUCUGCAAUUGCUUAGUGAGCCGGAGGAUAAGGUCAUCGCACUCCUCAGUGAAGACUUCAAUGAUGAAGGCCGGUACAAAAGUCAACAGAACCCUAUUGCUACCACAUGGCUGCUCUCUUUCAAGCAGAUCCAGGAUCAGAACCCUUCCGCUGCUCAAUAUCUCGCGUUCACCUCGUGCAUUGGCGAGAAAAGUAUCCCCCAAUCAAUUCUACCCACACUAUCCUCUACGAGAAACAAAGAGGAGGCACUGGGAGUUCUCAAAGCAUACUCAUUUCUUAGGGUCCAAAAUGAUGACGAUCGGUCGAUUCGCCUCUUUGAUAUGCACCGACUGGUGCGUCUCGCGAUGCGCAACUGGCUCAGAACUCAGAAUCUGCUCCAAACAUCAAUAAAAGAAGCGAUUACUCAUGUGAAACACAUAUUCCCUGCAGAUGUUGUUGAUAAUCGAGAGUUACGAUCUCUGUUUCUGCCACACGCACAGAUUUUGUGUGACUCACCCCAAAGCUACGCAUAUUCAGACCGGUAUAGUCUACUUCGGAAGAUUGCCCGUUUUCUUCAUCACUCAGGGAAACGGGAAGUAGCAAUGGCUUUACGAGCCGAGGUCGUUAAGUGGUCGGAAGAUAACCUGGGUAAAGAGAAUGAAAGAACUAUGCGGGCGUACGCGGAUUACUCAAAAUCCUGUUUGCACCAAAAUGACUACAAAAACACAGAGUUAUACGCAAGGACAGCAUUCCAAUGGUACGAAAAGACCUAUGGCAUUGGCCACAAUAAAACAAUAAUUUCCAUCACGCCCCUUUCCAGAUCUCUUUCUCGUUCUGGCCGACCGCAGGAGGCUCAGCAACUCUGCGAGGCAGCGUUAAACGCCUCUGAACGGAGAGCGGGCUCUGCUACUUCGUUCUCAGACAGGCGAGCAUGUCUCAAAGUGGAUUUGUCACUGGCGCUCUCGAUGCAAGGUCAAAUUGCCGAGUCAGAAGACUUGCUUUUGGAUGUGAUAAAACAAUCUGAGAUUGAAGGCAGCCGCAGGUACUUCGGAGUAUGGUUCCGUGGCCUGAAAACUCUGGCAAAGAUCUACAUGACCGAGAAGAGAUAUGAUGCUGUAGAGAAGUUGCUGCUGAAAUCGCUCGAAGUGCGAGAAGAAAUGCAAAGUCAGGACCGUGAUGGGUAUGCUUGGGCUAUGUACUGCCUUGCCUACGUGCGGAUGAAGCAAGGUCGCAAAGAGGAGGCAAUCGAGAUGAUCACGAAAUGUGUUGACCUACGUAAAAAAAUACUGACACCCGACGAACCAUCUCUACGAAACUCGAUUCAACUCUCUGAAGCAAUAAAAGCCCAUCAAACAGGCGCAGACUUUGAGACUUGCCACUUUCGAAUGAGAUGA